CGGAAAACAGUCAUACGAGAAAGAUCUAUUAAUAUUUAACACACACAAAGACUUACAAAUGUUAUUACAAAUGUCAUACUGACAUAUUUAAAUAUAGAUAUAUAUCGUCGUUUUUAUAAUUAUAAAUAUUAAAUAUAUUAUAUAGAUGUUCGUAUGAUUUAGUUUUUAAAGUUUAUAUUAUAUAUUCUGUUGUCGCCGGCUAUAAGUAUAUAGAACGAGCGAAAAAGACAGAACAUAGUUUCUUGUUGCGAUCAGCUGUGAUUUUAUAUAAAAUAGUCCAAAGUGUUUGAGCAAAAGAAGAUAUUGAUAGAUAUUAUGGAAGUGUUGUCUGUGAAUCAGUUCAAUGGGCAGUUCACGUUUGGAAACGGUGUUAAAGGAGGUUGGUCUAGUACCGCUCCUCAGCACUCGGAAGAAACAAGCCAGGAAGACUCUCUGAGCACGAAUCCUCAGUCCUUCCUGGCCAGGAAUUUGGCCAGGGAACUUCGCUCAGCUAAGCAGAACCAUCUUGCCUGUUCUGAAGUCCUUCUCCCUAGUGAUUUGUUACAUCGCGCUGCUAGCGAAAUAGUCAAAGCCAGCGAGUGCGAGCCCUGCGGUGUCAGAGGGUGCACGAUUUACGUCGAAUUCGAACCGUCUUCGGGAAGCAAUUCUAGCGCAAAUAACUCAAAUGAUAAGAAAUCGCAAAAGAAAGUCAUCGCUUGCUUGAGACCGGACGAAUCGACGGUGUCCACAUUCGAGCUCUAUCUGACUCUCAAACAAGAGAACGGAUGGACGGAUAGGCUGCCCCAGUUUUUGAAAAACCUAACGCGGGGCGGAACGGUCGUGAUCAGCCCGGACUUCACACUGAGCAAGACACUGCUCUACCGUUCUUACCGGGACUCGUAAGUUGAAGAAACCAUCCAAAAAUAAUAUAAAACAAAUUAUAUUACUUACAUCAUAAAAUAUAAUACACACGACUGUAUCAAGUGUACCUGCGUGCAGCAAUUUAAGAAGCGGCACUUAAACUCUCGUGUCUAACAUGAGGGAAUCAAAUUUAAAAUAACAUUAAAAAAAAGCUCAAAUGAGUAUUGAGAACUCAGAUGAGAAGAGCCAGAAGCGCGAAAUGAAAAAACUAAUAUUCAUAUGAUAAUAUCUGUACGGGUGUGCCGUAUUUCAUCCAUAAAAUUCAUUUCCACGCGACAACACAUUCUAUUUAUUUAUUAUAAACGCAACUUUGCACAUCACCAUUUCUGACAUUUUUCUUAUAAACUUUCAUAUCUUUAAUUUUAUUUUUCCACAAAAGAUGCAUAGCAUUUUGCGAAAAUUUAAUUAAAACAUUUACGGCACACCCUUUCUGUAGGUUAGGAUUUUUUAAAAGUGAUUUUGUUCUGUGAACAAAACUCAGAAUCAACGAGUUUUUGCUAAGAUAUCAAAAGAGUCGAUUUUUUGAAAAUAAUAUUUUCAAAAAAUUUAAUUGUAAUAAUGAUGAUACGUGUGGACACAACACCUUUUUUGUGAUAAUAUUAUUAUAAUUAUUAUUGACUUUUUAAUAAUCUCGUUAAAGAGUUUUUGUUGAUAUAUAUUAACAUUAUUAAUAUCUAUACGUGUAUAUCAUAUUUUUUCGUCUUCAUUUUCUCAUCUUCAAUUGAAGAAGAUAAGUGUAAUCAUUUUUUUUCGGUAACAGAUAUGUGUUAUUAAUUGCUGUAGAUUAUUAAUAAGAUUUUUGAGAUACGAAAGUUUUAAGAAGAGAAAAUAAAAAUAAAAAUC